GUAACGCGUCCGUUGUUUAACACAGGCGCCACAAGGACAACCCUCGUUUAAAUGACUGCGGGCGCUUGGCUGUGUGUGCAGAUAACCAUGUAUGCCAUUAUUUCGCGAGGUUUAACCGCAGAUAACGCUCUCUUUUGACCGCAUUCGACUAGUUUGAAACGAGGAGACGCUCGUGCGCUGACCUGGAUUAACCUCUUUUGCUGUCGGGGAUUACUUACACCUUUACGUCAACUUCUACUAUAAAGGUGCAGCCAUGGUGGUCCUGCAGAGCUACUGUGAGGUCAACUCCCCCAUCUCCAUCACCUGGGUGGAUGAGGGCAUCUCCCCCUGCUUCUACUUCACCCUGGUCCCCACCAUCCUGCUGACCAUCGCCAUCUUCCUGGGCACCAUCCACUGCGUCUUCUACCAGAAGUACGGCACAACGAUGGAGCCCAAGUUCAUCCCGCGCUCCCGCCUCUACGGCUUCCAGCUGGCCGUGACGGUCCUGCUGGGGCUGCAGUCCCUGGGCGGGACGGUGUACCGGGCCGCCACCGCGGCCGAGCUGCCCGGGUAUGCGGUGCUGAACGGCUGCUUCUACGUGCUGGCGUGGGGCUGGGCCUUCGCCCUGCUGCGGGUGGAGAGGAGGAGGGCCCUGCUGAUGGACCGCACCCGGGGCCACAGCGGCGCCCUGCUGGCAUUCUGGGCUGUGGCGUUCGCGGCGGAGAACCUGGCCUUUGUCUCCUGGUACAGCCCUCACUGGUGGUGGGGCCUGGACACCACAGAACACCAGGUGCAGUUCGCUCUGUGGCUGAUCCGCUACAGCGGCGCCGGGCUGCUCUUCUUCAUCGGCCUCAGAGCUCCGGGUUUGCCCCGCAGACCCUACAUGCUCCUGAUAAACGAAGACGAGCGCGACGUGGAGGCCAGCGCUCAGAGCUUACUGGGGAGAACGGAGGAGAACCUCUCCACCUGGCAGGGCUUCAGGAAGAAGGUCCGCCUGCUGGUUCCUUACAUGUGGCCUCGGGGGAACGUCUUCCUCCAGAUGCUUGUCCUCCUCUGCUUAGGGCUGCUGGGAGUCGAGCGGGCCAUCAACGUCUUUGUACCGAUUUACUACAAGAACAUUGUUAAUGCGCUGACUGACGGCAGCAGCUGGAGGAGUGUGGCCACCAUCGUCUGCAUCUACGUCCUGCUCAAGCUCCUGCAGGGCGGAGGCGCAGGGUCCUCCGGGUUCGUCAGCAACAUCCGCACCUUCCUGUGGAUCCGGGUGCAGCAGUUCACCAAUCGGGUGGUGGAGGUGCAGCUCUUCGCCCACCUGCACUCCCUCUCUCUGCGCUGGCACCUGGGCCGUAAAACCGGCGACGUGCUGAGGAGCAUCGACCGCGGCACCAGCUCCAUCAACAGCCUGCUGAGCUACAUCGUGUUCAGCAUCUUCCCGACCAUCGCCGACAUCGUCAUCUCCAUCAUCUACUUCAUCACGUACUUCAACGCCUGGUUCGGCCUCAUCGUCUUCUGCUGCAUGGCUCUCUACCUCACUCUGACCAUCAUCAUCACCGAGUGGAGAACCAAGUACAGACGAGAGAUGAAUCAGAUGGACAACCUCACCAAAACCAGAGCUGUGGACUCUUUGCUAAAUUUUGAGACGGUCAAAUACUACAACGCAGAAAACUACGAGGUCAGCCGGUUCGAGGACGCCAUCCUGAAGUACCAGGUGUCAGAGUGGAAGACUCAGGCCUCGCUGGCCAUGCUGAACCAGACGCAGAACGUCAUCAUCGGGUCAGGACUGCUGGCCGGGUCGCUGCUCUGCGCUUACUUUGUCACCGAGGGAAAAUUCCAGGUUGGAGAUUUCGUUCUCUUCGGCACCUACAUCAUCCAGCUUUACACCCCUCUGAACUGGUUCGGAACGUACUACAGAAUGAUCCAAACAUCGUUUAUUGACAUGGAAAGUAUGUUCAAGCUUUUUGAGGAAGAUCAGGAGGUGAACGACGAGGUGAACGCCGGGAAUCUGCUGUUCAAACUGGGGAAAGUGGAGUUCGACGGCGUUUACUUCAGCUACACAAACGGGAAGGAAAUCCUCAGGGACGUGUCCUUCACCGUGCUCCCGGGACAGACGGUGGCGCUGGUGGGGCCCUCCGGAUCGGGAAAGAGCACCAUCAUCCGCCUGGUCUUCCGCUUCUACGACGUUCAGGGAGGAUGCAUCCGCAUCGACGGUCAGGAUAUCGCCAAAGUAAAGCAGACGUCUCUGCGGGCGCACGUGGGCGUGGUCCCCCAGGACACGGUCCUCUUCAACGACACCAUCAGGGAGAACAUCCGCUACGGCCGCAUCUCCGCCAGCGACCAGGAGGUGGAGGAGGCGGCCAUGGCCGCAGACAUUCACGACAAAAUCAUGACCUUCCCCGACGGUUAUGACACGCAGGUGGGGGAGAGAGGUCUGAAGCUGAGUGGAGGAGAGAAGCAGAGGGUGGCCAUAGCCAGAACCAUCCUCAAAGCGCCGCAGAUCAUCCUGCUGGACGAGGCUACAUCUGCUCUGGACACGCAGACGGAGCGCAACAUCCAGGCGUCCCUGACUAAAGUCUGCGCUACUCGCACUACAAUUGUUGUUGCUCACAGGUUGUCCACCAUCAUCGGAGCGGAUCAGAUUCUGGUCAUCAGCGAAGGUCGGAUCGCCGAACGAGGCCGACACGAGGAGCUGCUGCUGAAGGGAGGUCUGUACGCAGACAUGUGGCUGAAGCAGCAGCAGGCCCAGGACGCCGACUCCGGGUCAGACACUGAAGCCAAAGACUGCACGUCUGAGAAGCUGCAGCCGCCGUCCACCACCUCUGGCAACCUCUGACAUCCCAGCUAAAGAAAAGAUUUUUUACUUGUUAAAGUCAUCACACACAGCUGGUAUUUAGGGAAUGUUAUUUAUUUUAGGCUUAACGAAAUAGCAGUGCAAUUACAGGUUUAAGGGGAAAAGGGAUGGUGCCUUAAAAAAAUGAAUAAAGUGAGCAACGCUAUACACUGAUGUAUGCUUUUAUUCACUUCCUGUUUGUAAAACAGGAAAGAAAAGAGCAAAAAGUGAGGAACAAAUCCUUUUAAAACGGGCUCGUCAGAAUUAGUUCUCUCAUUGUAUUUUUAUUUUUGACUGCAUGCGGCUUUGACGUUGUUUUGUUAUUGUUUUAGCCCUUUUUUGUUUUUUUUUACUUCCCAGGGAAACUUAAAUAAGUCCUUCUCAGACAUAAUUGAGUAAAGAAAGUACAUUUAAAUGUGUCCAUGCCUAAGCAAUGUAUUAAAAAGUGAUUUUUUGGGUUUUUUUACAGAAAAAGAACACAUUUUGUGUGAGAGAAUUUGGUGUGAAAGCGGAAAUUUUGUAGAUCAAAAUUUGAAUAGAGACUUUUGCUAAACGAACUAAAGCUGCUGUUGCUCCGACAUUUUAUUUUAUUUUAUUUUUCAAAAGAUAAAAUGUUGCAAGAUAAUUUCAGACCCUGACUUUGCUAAAACAUGCACAAUAAAUGUUUUUUUUUAUUAAUUUAUUUUUUUAAAUGAACUUAUCUUAGGAGUCUGCACCAAGACAAGAGACAUCAUUUUCUUUUAUUGGUGAGGUUUUUUUUCGUUUCUUUUUGCAAAGUAAGCAACUUCUUAUAUUUGCACUGAAAAUGUUAUUUAGUUAAAACCUUUAAAUUAAUCAUUAUGUGCUGUUAGUCUUUGUCUACCUCAAUAAAGGUGUGUUUCAUGUUUCUACAGUGGCUUUAUGACAUAUCUUGUAAUUUCAAGAAAAUUUAAAAAAAAGUGCGAAAAAUCGAA